AUUUUCUUGCACUGCAUCAAAAACGUUAAACUGAAAUCUGGAUUUCAGUUGAGGUUCAGAAUCAGACAGUUUAAAGGCAGACAGCAAUGGUAGUAACCACAACCUUAGCAUCCUCAAAUACAAUUCUUCCAACACCCCACAAUUCAUCUGCUUCUUUAUCCUCUUCAAAUCCCCAAUCUGUCCAUUUUUCUCCCAUUAAUCGCCGUGAACUUGUGACUUCACUGUUCAUCACUAUCUCCCCAUUCUUUGCAGCUCCUCAAGUUAACAACCCCACAAAUGCAAACCCAUUUUCCUUGCCACUAUCAGAAGCCCGUGGCCUGUUUCAAAUGCCCCCUGUUCGUCUCACUAACAGGUACUAUUUGGUGAGAGCAGGGGAGUCAGAAUACGAGAGUUUGGGGAUAAUUAACACAAAUCCAGUGGCUAAGACAUCAGUGGAUAAUGGGUUAUCCGAGAUGGGAAAGAAGCAGGCAGUGAGGGCUGCAUUGACAUUGAAGUCAAUGGGAGCAUGUGAAGUUGGAAGUGGAAUACUUUUACUUGGCAAGAAAAUGGUUACUUUCAUAUAUUGGUGUAGCCAUAUAGUCCCAGAAUACAGCUUCUUGGAUGCUCGGGGAUUGGGAGCGUAUGAGGGAAAGAAAUUGGAUUCCAUAUCUGAGGUCUAUGCGUCAGAUAGCCUCUCCCCGAAUACUAAGCCACCUCCAAUUGAUGACGGAACGCCAAAUGAAAGUGUUUCAGAUGUGUUUGUUCGCGUGACACAACUUAUGUCGAUUCUUGAGACUCAGUAUUCUGGGGACACGGUCAUUAUAGUUUCUCCGGAUUCUGAUAACUUGACAGUGCUGCAAGCUGGCUUAGUUGGACUGGAUCUUCGAAGGCACAGAGAUCUUGCUUUCGUGCCCGGUGAAGUCAGAUUCGUCGAUCCUAGUAGCAUUCCAGCGUACAAGCAACCAGCAUCUGCAGUGUAUAAAUGUUUAAAUCCCCCAAACUGUAAUUGAAACUCUUUCCUGUUAAUAUGAUUUUAUGCAGUAUGAUGAUGAUCCUUGUACAUUCUGUCUUGAAGAAAUAUUCUUAAAAGUUCCUUCUAUGGUUCUUCA